CGGCCCCGGUCACUCCGGCCCCUAGUUUUUCCGGCCCCGGUCACUCCGGCCUCCCCCGCGUUCGACCCAGGUCACUCCGGCCUCCCUGGCGGCACGCACGUGUGUAAAGUUAGCAAUAUAAUUAUAUUGUUGGGUUGUUUGAGUGUGUGUGUGUGUGUGUGUGUAUUUACCUAGUUGUAGUUUACUUUUUAACAACUUUUAUUGUACAUUUGUAAUGUCUAUGGAGGCUAGAGCGCCAUUCUCUGGCGGAAUGAAGCCAUAUAUAUGCAAUAAACAAUAAAUAAAACACCUACUCUUAUCACGUAUGUCCUAUAGUCUCUCUCUCUCUCUCUCUCUCUCAUCCACUUCAUUUUGCAGCAAUUCUUUUUUUGAAAAGUAGCAUUUGUGUAUAAUUUAACUGAACCCUUGGUGGACAGAAGGGUGUUGCCUUAAUUAUCACUUUUCGGAUUAUUUACGAAGUAUAAAUACUCUUCAACUCCUACGCACAAUAUGAAUAUGGGCCAAUAAGAAAAAGAAAGGUCUGGUAAAAGGUGGGUCAAGUCACAACAACCUGACAUUCUCUCUCUCUCUCUCUCUCUCUCUCUCUCUCUCUCUCUCUCUCUCUCUCUCUCUCUCUCAUUUCCUCCAUAAUAAUAUUAAUAAUGAUAAUAACGAUUAUGAUAGUGGAGGUAGAAACUUACUACUACUACUACUACCAUACUGCUACUACAAAACAUACUAGCUAUAUGAGUUUGCGUAAUAGAUAAUAGUCGUUAACGGUGUCUCCUUCCUCGGAGUUGAGGUACCGAGGUUUUCGAAACACAAAACGACUUUUCUUGUUUCGAACACAAAACGACUUUUCUUGACCGUGCCAUGAGGCAGACAGAAGGAAGUGAUAAUGCUUUUGUAAAUCCAGUCUAUUUAUCUCGUAAUGUUAACCGUAUAAGACAGAAAGAUAGACCUGUUGAACCUAAUUCAUUGGAUUUUGAAUUGGUAGUUGAUCACAUUCCGAAUGAAUUCCUCCAGAAAGAUAUUAUUCUAGAUGAUGCAAGACACUUAGUAUUUGCCACUGCAGACCAACUUGCCUUGUUGAAGAAGGCAAGGACAUGGUAUUUAGAUGCCACAUUUCGUGUAGUACGAGCCCCGUUUCAACAGCUAUUUGGAGUCCAUGCCUUCGUUAAGGGAAGCGAAGGUAAUGUAAAACAAGUCCCCUUAGCUUUCAUCCUUAUGUCAGGGAAAAGAAAGAGAGACUACAGAAAGGUAUUGAAUUCUAUUUUAGCAAUAAUUCAGGAGUGUAAAGUGGAAAAGAUCGUGAUGGACUUCGAAAUGGCUUUGUGGUCAGUAGUCAGGAAAUUAUUUCCAGUUGCAAAGUUGCAAGGCUGUGCAUUUCAUUGGAAUCAGGCAGUCUGGAGGAAGAUUCAGGCGUUAGGAUUGGCGGUUCCAUACUUGAAUCAUCGUCCCACUCAAGAUUACCUAAAACAGUUAAUGGCUCUUCCCUUUCUCCCACAUGAACAUAUUACAUCAACAUUUGAUCACCUUGAAUCACGCCUUCCUGCUGGCCCAAUUAAAGAUUUAACAACGUACAUGAGAGAAACAUGGAUAAGUGGGUUUUGGUCACCAAGUGAAUGGACAGUGUUUGGCCAGAGCAUUCGCACGAAUAAUGAUGUAGAAGGUUAUCAUAGACGUUUGAAUGGUAGUGCAGGCUCAUCCCAUAUUCCUUUUUAUGUGCUGGUUCCCUUACUUUUCAAAGAAGCCAAAAAUGUACAGGUCCAAGUGCGUCUGGUCAAGGACGGAAAACUUGCUCGUUGUCAGAGACGAAAAUACCGAUCUCUACAGGGACGAAUAUUUUCACUAUGGAACAAGUAUGAACAACAUGACCUCACCACUGACCAAUUAUUAAAAGCAUGUUCCAGGCUAAGCGGACCCAGUGUUUAGUUUGUAAUAUAAUCUUGUUUUUUUUUUACUCAGACGCAUACUUUUGUAUACAUAAAUAUUUUAGUAUCAGUAGACUGCCUGAAUUGUUUUUUACUUUUAGACACAUACUUUUGUAUACAGAAAUAUUUUAGUAUCAGUAGACUGCCUGAUAAAGCCAGUCAGCGCUCCCAUGUUGUGGUCAGGGUGUGGUGAGCAUUGUUUGGUUAUUUUUGUUAUUAUAUAUUCUUUCAAGGUUACAUAGUAUUACAUAGUUAUUGUGUAUGUGUAUGACUAUACUGCGUAAUUAUUUAAUAAAAGAGAGAGCCUGUUACUAUAUAUUCUUUCUAGAUAACUUAGUAUAAUUAGUGGGCCGGAGUGACUAGGGUGGUAGGCCGGAGUGACUAGGGUUGGGGGCCGCAGUGACUGAGGGCCGGUGUAACUAGGGGCCGGAGUGACUGUAAACCUUAACCUUAAGUAGGUAUUACAUUGUCUAAGAUAACAUACUUCAUAAAGUAGUUAUAAAAUAAUAAUAAUAAUAAUAAUAAUAAUAUGUAACUUCUUCCAGAUAUCCAAAGAUGAGGAGGAGAAGAACUACACUGCCGAUUUGUUGUACCAGAUGUAUUCAGAUCCUGCCAACAAGUUGUACUUGGCUUUUCUGCAGCCUGUGGUGUCCCAGGUCAACCGGGUUAACAAAUUGUUUGAGUCAGACCGGUGCAAUGCCAACAGACUCCUGGAAGAUUUGAUGUCCCUCUACAAGUCCAUUCUCCAGCGACUCAUGAUGCCGCGAACUUUCUGCACGUGGAGAGCUGUGGCAGAUUAUGAUGUGAACGACGAACGGAACCAUCUGCCGCUGGAAGCUGUGGACUUCGGUGUGAAGUUCUACAUCGAACUGGGUCAGAGCAGGUUGGACAGCGGAAUUGUUCACACCGUUAAGAAGCACGGGCGUGACUUCCUGAUGAAGCUUCUUCAGGAGCUGCAGCAAAGGCUUCCAUCAAAUAUUAACCAUCUCCAGAGCUUGGAUGCCCUGACCCCAGAAACCGUUCUCGGAGUGAGGAAACCAAGACUGCAGGAGCUGUCUUUCUUACCAAAAUAUUCGGGGGAUAUUGGUAAGCUCGACGGGCAGUGGCAAAGACUUGCAACUGUCAGCUGGCCAAAAGAUGUGAUAAACGACUCCGAAAAGUUUUGGUUAACUGUUCACAGCCACCAGGACGCCUCAGGGGAGCGGGAUUUUAAGGAGGUAGGGCAGUUUGCUCUGUCCAUGCUUUCGCUGCCCAUUAGCAAUGCCUCUGUUGAACGGGUUUUUUCCCAAAUGAACUUGAUAAAGAAUAAACUUAGGAACAGGAUGCGUCCCCGCUCCCAGAAGCCGCCUGACACUCUGGGAGCCGCCUGACGCUUUCGCUUGGCGGCAACAGAUGCUUUUGUCGCAAUUUUUGCACAUUUGCGACGUAAAGCCACGUUCUUCUUUGGCCUAGGCAUUGUCUGCAAUGCCUCCAAGUUGAAGAAAGUGUACACCAAGAAGUAAAAGCCCGAAUAAAGGCAAUCACGGGGGCAACACCAGGUUAAGGAGCACGUAGCUUCUCUCCUUCCACGGCGUCAGCCAGCACUGGGGGGGUAUCGAUCGCCUAGAGGCCAGCCUCCCCCCAACUCCAGUGUUGCCAACUACCUCUUUUAUAUGAAGUGACUUCUACAAAAAAAAAAAAACGUAAAAACGAAAAAAUCUAUAAAACAGAGGGAAAACAUGAGUAGUAAUAGCAAAAGUAUUAAAGGGCACGAUAUAAACAAACCACGCCUCCCGGCCAUUUAAUAGUUAAAAAACAUGCUUGGAACCGCAGUACUGCCAUGAAACUUCGUGGUGGUAUUGCCAAGACCUUUGGUGAUUUUUCAGUGCACUUAACAAAUUUUCAUGAAUUUACGGAUUUUUCACUGAAAAUACCGACGGAUGGAAAUUAAACUUCCCUUACAUUUGGGGUUAUACAAGGACACAUUUAUUUAUUUUGCCUUUUCUCAUUGCCCAGUGUCACAGGAAGAGGAGGAGGAGAAAACUGACAGGCAGAUAAAGACUGAUAGAUACAGCCAAACAGAUAGACAGACAGACUGAUAGAUUAACAGAUGGACUAAGAUAGACAGACUGAUAGAUUUAGAUAAAUGCCACAACUAAAAACACCCACACAAUUAAUUAAGGUAAAUAUUCCAUAAUGAAUUCAUGUUUCCCCUCUCAUUAAUUAAAAAAAAUUCAGUAUGCCUAAGUGUCAUUAAUACCACUAGUAAAAAAUUAAAUAAUGAAUUAAGUCAAUACAUAAAUAAAAUACUAUUAGAAA